AUGUCGGCGGAUAGACUUCCUUUGGCGGAAUCAACACCUCUCGACUCCUCUACCUCAGGCGUACGGGGUACUUCUUCGUCUGAAUCAGAACAACAACUCGACGAACUUACCAACACCCUUUCCUCAGGAACGUCCAGCGACCCCCCUCAAAUUCCUGUGAGGAUUAGACGACGAAGGCAUUUGCCUAUGUCCGAUGAUCAAUCCUCCAGGAACCAAAUCUUCUACUUUGUUGACUCCAAUUCCUCGUCCCGCGAAAAACGGGCUCAUGUGAUGCGUCACCAUGUUCAGGAGAAACGCCGGCAGAGGAAGUCAUCCCACUCCCGGGCGGACGGCGACCGGAGGGGUAGUCGCCCUCUUCGCUACUCCCCAUGGCCUCAUAAGAGGACAGAUGUAGACAAUCAUGAUGAUUACGAAUCCAUUGCCCCUCAGGAGGUACCCAGCGAAACUUCAGUAAACGGACAUUCCUUGAUCCCGUUUGGUCUCCCUCCUGUGCAAUCACCACCCGAAUCGGUAGAUGGAUACCAGUCGCCUUCACCAGUCACUAUGCUUGAUGCCUCGAGGAAAGAUCCAUUCAACUCUCUUCCAGGCGUCUACUCCCGUGAUGACCAAGAGCUGGCCGACUACUGGACUAAUCGGCUAACUUACUGGUCGGGCCAAAAUAAAUACAUCAAAGACCUUGUGUUCAAGGCCGCCAUGAGCCACCCAUUGUGCUUCCAAGCAGUCAUUCUCACCUACUGCGCCCGCUGGAAAGCCCAGCUCUACAACCUGAAAGACAGCAAGGAAGCUCAAUAUCAUCUCGAUAAGGCCGUAAAGGGAAUCGAAGAAGCAAGGAUCGGAUCUGCAGGAGUCGACGAAGAUAACCUAGCAUUGGCGCUGAGCGGCAUGUCACUACACGAGGAUCGGUUUGGUGACAAGCAAAUCGCUCGGAAAUAUGAAGACCAGGCUGUCGAAAUCCUCCGGUCUCGAUCCGGCACGCAGAGUACGGUUGAGGUUUUCAUGCAUUACGUGCGAUACGUGAUGAUCCCACCACCGAUGGAGAUGAGCGAAGAGGGGAAGCGCUGGCUCGUCUCUUUUCUUCAUGCAGCAGAGCAGCUGAUGCACCAACAUAGCACACCUUCUUACUUGGAGUCUGUACCCCAGCGACGGACUGCUUUCCAGAUGGAUAGUCCAUUAUUUCCUCUACUUUCCAGUGGGCCCCGCCCUUCACAGGUGCCUCAGGAUUACCGCAUGUAUGUUGUGCGCAAUGCGCCCACCCAGGAGAUUACUAGAACCGCAGCCUUGAUCUACAUUACCGCGGCGCUGUGGGAUCUGGCAGCCUCGGAGAACAAAACCGGGCGGUUUCUCAACCAUCUCCACCACCUCGUGCGACUGCACAACUUGGACCGGUACCCAGCCUGCGAGACCUUCAUCUGGCUGCUCCUAGAAGAAGGCUAUGGAGCGGACCUGAAGGAGUCGGAACGCGGAUGGUCCACAGGCGAGCUACUGAAGAUGCACAAGCAACUCCGACCGGACCUUCAAUUCCAAUACAACGAAAUCCUCUUCAGUCUGCUCAUGCUCCAUCCGCCAAUUCGAGGAAUUGAUGCGUUUGAGGAAGAAUUGCUUGGUCCCAUUUGAGCGAGAGACACGAUCCAAAUUACUUUUCGAGAUACCCCUUCCCCUGUCGACAUUCAUCUACUUAGCCAGUGUUUUCUUCUCUUUUUUGAAAAGGAGCGUGUGUUGUGCUGUGAUGUAUUGUGUUCUGUAUGUUUGUAUAUUUCGGGCAGAACAGGAAAAAAGUACUGAUUAGGUACGAAUCCCAAACGCAUGAUUGUUUUCCGCGACGUGCAGGAUCGUCGCAGCAGUCGUACAU